AUGAACGCUAUUCGACCAGGCACUGCAUCCCGUUUAAAAACAGCUCAAAUCAAAGGUCAACUAGGGAUAACAUCUCGUUUAACAACUGGUUUGAGACCGGGUACACUAAAUGAAGCUAGUGGUACAGGAACUUUAAACACUAUGCUGUGUGUUGAAGAUAGACCAAUUACUCAACAAGGUCUGGGAGGGUUAAAAAAUGCAAUACGUGGACCAAAACGUCAAAUUGAAGAUAAAUCCUAUUUUCUUGGAUUAUUAAGAGGAAAAAUCAAUGAAUUAAACUCAGAGAUUGGUACAAUCAUUCAUCAGUUAAUGGAAACUGAAGAAGAGAAUGCUAGUUUUGUACAAUAUGAGCAAAUGGCUGAGAAACUAGCCUACGAAAUUAAACAAUUACAGGGUGAAUUGAGUGACUAUAAUACUCUUGUGGAUAAAGCAACAUUAGGCGAUAAUAUAACAAGUAUUGAAAUGGAUUGGGAAGAGGUGCACACAGCAAAUGAACGCGCUGAACGCAAUCUAGAAAUAUUAUUUGAAGAUCGUCAAAGAAGAGAAUUAUCAUUGAAAUCAAUUGAAUUAGAAAUGAAACAAGAACAACAAAUGUCUGAAACAGUUAUACAUGAAAUGAAUGAUAAUGAACGUGAACGAUAUUCAAAGUUGAAAGACUUAAACACUCAUUUAUUGAAUCAAUUAAGUCAAGGUCAAACAGAUUUGGAACAAUUGAACACAAGAAAAAUUGAACUUGAAGAAGCAUUAACAAUUUCACCGAUAAAACAAGAAGCAAUGCGUCUACUUUCUCAACUACAUGAAGUUGAAGGUAGACGAGAUCAAUUGUUAGCUGAUGAAGCGUCGAAAGAAGAUCCACACAAAGAGCGUCAACGUUUAUUACAGCAAGUUCGAAGCGAUAAUCAAGAGAUUGCAGCAAUUGAAAAACAAACUCAUGAAAUUCAAGAGAAGAUUACAAAAAAGGAAGAGGAAUUGUGUUUAUUACGACAAGAAUUAGAUGAAAGUUGUAAUGAAAGGAAUCAAAAAUACCGUGAACUACGUAGACGUGAACAUCAAAUUGAUGAAUUCUUGAAAACAUUCGAUAGUGUCAAAUCUUUAGAAAUCGUUAGGAUCAGUGGAUUACAAUCAAAUAUUAUUGAAAUCUUAGAAAAAACAUCAAAUUAUAUUACCAACUUAAAUCAAAUUACGCGAACUUUCGAUUUAUCAACAUUAUCAUUGAAUGGAAUUAUAAAUCAAGACGAAAGUAACAUUCAACAACAACAACAUAAUAAUAAUAAUAAUAAUAAUAAUAAUAAUAAUAGAACUCCCGCUAACAUGAACAAUUUACAUGAACAAAUAAAUGAAAGCGAUAAAUCUGAAGAGACUAUGAACAGUUUAACAAAACAACGUCUUUGUUUAAGUCAAGAAUUAUUGAAGAUUGAUCAUUUAGAAAAUAAAAUCUUACAGGAAAUGGAAAGUUUACGAAAGCAUAUCAGUAAAAUGGAAGAGGAGAUUGUUAUCUUCAGUGAUUUAGAGAAAGUUCGUGAAGAUGCUAAUUUAAAAAAACAAACUUUGAAUACAGAGAAAUCACGUUUUGAAAUGUAUCGAGAUAAUUUGAAUAAAAUGAAUCAACAAUUAACCAUUGAAUAUACAAAUUUACAAACAAAUUUAUCAGAACAAGAUAUAUAUGCCCACUUAACAAAUUUAGAGCGUCGUUGGAUUCAACAUGAACAGAUGAAUUAUAAUUUAAAUGAAUUUAUAGCCAAUAAACGCCUAGAAAUUGAUCAUAGUCAUUUAGUUGAAUGUACAAUGGAAUUAGUUAAAAAGUAUAAUGAGAAUUUGAAGACUUCACUUUCUACAAAAUCUGUUAUUGUAUAA